AUGGAGUUUCCUGAAACAGAUCAACCUGAAAAUUCAUCUAGAAGUCAAACUACAAGUGAAGAUAGACCGAGAACUCCAGCCAUACCCGAGUUCUCGGAAAACACCUCCUCUAAAAAUAUAAGUUAUCCUGGAACAUUUUAUCCACCAACAAUCACUUCCACUCCACCAACAAUCCCCAAUCAUUUUAGGGAAUUGUUUACCGAAAGUUCGAAGUUGAUCACACGUCGAAUCAGUAUUCGAAGCACUGCCAGAUCGUUCGAAACACUGUCUAUCUCCGAAAAUGUUAACAAGGAGUCAUCAUCAUUGUCAUCGGUAUCAACUCUUUCGUCUUCGUCGACCUCAUCAUCGUCUUCUUCGAUAUCAUCAACAACAUCUAUACAAUUACAAACACCGACACCAGAUGUUAUCCUAAUAGAAGAGCCAGUACAGGUCACCACCAACAACAAUCCUGAUACAUCUGAAGAAGCAUCCAUUAAAAGCCAAAUGGUAGCAAAUUGUGUAAAAUCCCAAAAUCAGGAAUUGAACUACGGAGGCAAUGCUGCUUGUUCAUCCACAACUGUUAAUUGGACCCACAUAAACAUCACGGCAAAUAUUAUUCCUCAGUCUGUGGUAGCCGAACUGAUGCCACGAAUCAACGAAGCCACCA